AUGGCCGAUAACGACCACACAACAGCCAUACAACUCGCACCAGGCGCUCGAAUGCCAAUAUUCAAGGCGAGCGACAAAGUGCUGCUGAUGAUCAUUUUGGCGAAGUUGACCGAGGAGGAAAGGCUGAAACUUAUCCAUUAUUACCAGGAAUCUUGCUCUGGUGGCGUGGAACUGAAAACAUGGACUCCGUCCCAGGCACUGCUUAGGUCCAUUGCGAAGCAAAGCUCCCAUCGGGACAGCCAGGCCAAUCUGUAUGCUCUGGCAAUUCUCGCCUUUCGGUCCGGCCUAGAGUUUAAGAAAGGAACUAGUUUUAUCGUGGCGGAUGAGCUCACGAAACGCCAACUCACGCGCUGCUGUCGUCCUGGGGAAAGGGAACAUAUUUCGGUGGUUACCAUGACUGUCCGGCUAAAGACAUCUAUGAUCGCGCCUUCAGAGUCAGGCCCGAAUUCGCAUCCUGGCACUGAGCCAAAAGAUGAAAUUUAUGUCUUCUCCGACCGUUCAACCAAGUGUUCGACGAAGCUGCUAGAAGAGGUUGUUGAACCUCAAACUGUGGAGUUCUUCACAGAAUACCUGCAAAAGGAGAAAACAUGUGAGAUUUCCAACUGCAUACAAAGUGGCAGGAGACUUCAUGAUCCGGAUGCGUGUAUGUUUACCGUCGGCACUGUUAUGCCGACAGUGCGAGAGAAAUACUACAAUACUGUAGCAUCAGUUCUGACAGCUCGCCAAUUGCCACCAGAGCUGGUAGGCGAGGUUAUAUCUCAAUCGGAUUCUGCUUUGCCUACUAAGAUGCCUUUGUGGGAACGCCAGCAGAGUAGAGAGCAUCUUCUCCUUUUUAUCCUUUUUCCCACAACGACAAACGAGCUUCAAAGAAGCCAGAAGAUCAUACAAGAAGAACUGAACAAGAUUAUUAAGAGAGAGUAUGAUGGGCGAAAAGAGAUGUCAGUCGAACUCAUAUCACAAGAUCGUCAUCAUGCUCGGUCUCGCCGCGAGGUGUUGGAACUUUGGGAGAAAUUCCGACAGCACGAGGGUGAUCAGAGACCUGGCGAUCCAGUUCUCAAUGUUCUCCUUAGUCCUAUUGAAGACCAGCACAUAAGCUCAGCACAAUUUGCUGCAGUGUGUUCUCAAAUCAGAUAUGCAACAUACAUGAUUCGGAUACCUUUAAGCUCUAUCGCCAGAAUAAAAUGGGCAGAACACUUUAAAUUCAUGCAAGAAGACUUUGUGCGCCUUGAAAUUGAAAAGAUCGAGGGAGUGUGCGAUCCGGACCAGCCAUGGUAUUACAAUCCGCCGUCAUGGCGACCAGCAAAUGAUGACAAGGAGCUACGUCCCGGAAUGGAAGACACUGGGUAUGCCUCGGUCUUCUAUCUCACUAAAGAUGUCCCAGAAGAUAGGGACCGACAAAUCCGAAAAGUUCUCAUGGAAAGUGACGUCGACGAAGACGUAGACUCAGACUCAGAGAAUAUGCCUGUGGUCCCUAAGGGCGUCUGUUUUGUUCCCUGGGACGGCAAAGACGACGCCACGCAAGAAGACAUCUGGAAUAUCGUCUGGGAGUUUUACAAGUCCGAAGGACUUGGCCCUACGUGUCCGCACUUCAUCUGUAUUGAUCAGACAUCUGCCAGUGAUAUCGGAACAGUACUCCUGGUAAAGCCCGAUAUUUUCAAAUUUGGUAAAAAGUUACAGAGUGAGGAGGGAUACCUGAAGGGUGUACCUGGCCCAAGAUUGCGCGGAUUCCUCGCCACUCGCGUGCGUACAGGCUCCGCGCAUCAAAAAAUGCUGAGUGCUGGCCAUGCUUUCACACGCAUGGCAUGGAUUGGACUGGAUUCCAAUGUGACUAGAUUUUACCGGCCAGAGUGGCCGGCGCAGGGGGUACUUCCUUUUGAGUGGGUUGACCCGACUGGUGGUGACGACGAAGAAAAUGAGUACCGGAAGUUGGGCGGAUGGGAUGAGUUCAGGCAUGAACUUCCGUGGACUGAUUUUGAACGGAUUAGGAUAAGGAGAUAG